GUACCUUCCACAGGCAACUGCACAUGACCAAAGUCCCAGGAUGUUUGUUCUGUUUCUGCUGUGCAUAGCCUUUCUGGUCUGCAUGAGUAAGGGUGAAUUUCGUGAACAUCUGAUAGAGCCUUCGACGAUGUGUUAUAAAUGUACAAAGUAUCAUCUUGGGAUAUGCUAUGAAGGCAUGAGGUCCUGCACCCUGAAGUACCACCAGACCUGUGCUGUUGAAAACAUUUACUUACUUACUGGAAAAGGGCGGAGUAUGUAUUUUUAUUCAAAACUGUCGUGUAUGACCAACUGUGAGGACAUCAACUUCUUAAGUUUUGAAAAGAGGACAGAGCUCAUCUGUUGCAAACAUAAAAACUAUUGCAACCUCCCUGAGGGAGUCUAG